GUUGUAGGCCUAUACCCAUCCCCAGCAACGUCAACCUGCAGAAGGAAAGGCCAGUUUGCAUGUCCUUCACUUUCGAAGGUCACGGAGAUCAUUACGUGUAAAACGUGUCAUGGAGUGGUGUAGACUGUAGAGGUUGGGGGAGAACGACACGUGUUACAUCAUUAUCAAGCAGGUACAAUAGCCGCAAGGCUUAAGAGGUGGGUCUGGGUGACAAAAAGUCGUAUAAAAGGAGAGAGAAAAGGCGAUAGAAGUCAGUCGAGUGAGCAUCUCCGACACGGCAACAACUGCAGCGCACUAUUUGUCACCAACUGCCUUCAUCGUAUAACCAAUUCGCAAAUCGCAAGCAUGGUUAACUACUGCGUCGUGCUGCUGUUGGGCGUCUUAUCGUUGAUGGCUGGGUCGACCAUGGGUGUACCAAUGUCUCCUGAGUACGGCGGAUACCAAACAACAACGACGAAAGAAUACUACACCACGCCACCGCCUUACUACACAACACCUACUUACUACACCGACCCCCCCAAGUACUACACGACUACGUAUGCUGCCCCAGCUUACCACACGGAGGCUCCCGUUUACUACACCACCAAGGCUCCCGAGUAUUACACUACAGCUUCUUACUACACCACGACGUAUGCUGCCCCAAGUUACUACACUGAAGCUCCAGUUUACUACACACCAACAUACGCCACUCCCGCCUACUACACCGAGGUUCCAAAGUAUUACUCUGCCCCGAGCUACUACCAGACUGAUGCUCCGGUUUACUACACCACAAAGGCCCCCGAUUACUACACUACAACGUACGCCGCUCCUACUUACUACACUACCAAGGCUGCCGAGUACUACACCACUACCUAUGCUGCUCCAAGCUACUACACUGAGGCUCCAGUUUACUACACCACUAAGGCUCCUGAGUACUACACAACAACAUACGCUGCACCUACUUACUACACCGAGGCCCCGAAGUAUUAUGCUGCUCCAAGCUACACAACUACUGAAGCAGCCAAGUAUUACGAAGCCCAACCUUACUACACCGCGGCUGCUCCUUCUUAUUAUGUUGAACCAACCUACUACACCGAGGCUCCAAAGUACUACUCUGCACGAAGCUACUACACCGAGGCCCCGGUGUACACAACAACUUACGCCGCUCCGAGCCACUACACCGAAGGGCCAGUUUACUACACCACCAAGGCCGCCGAGUAUUACACAACUACGUAUGCUGCUUCAACUUAUUACACCGAGGCACCUAAAUAUUAUUCAGCACCAGCCUACUACACCGAGGCACCAGUCUACUACUCUACCAAGGCCCCUGAGUACUACACCACAACCUACACUGCUCCGACGUACUACACCACCAAGGCCCCUGAGUACUACACCACAACCUGCGCUGCUCCGACGUACUACACCACCAAGGCCCCUGAGUAUUACACAACUACCUACGCUGCCCCGACUUACUACAUUGAGGCUCCAAAGUAUUACUCGGCUCCGAGCUACCAAACUGAGGCGCCGAAAUACUACACUACAACAUAUGCGGCUCCAACCUACUACACUGAAGCCCCAAAGAAGUAUUAUUAACCGUAGCAGCCUUGUUUUAAUUCACGCGGUAAUGCAGUUUUCAAUUUUAUUCGCAUGUUCAUAUUCGUUACAAAAUUUCUCCGAUUUAUCUGCCUUGUCUAUCCAUUCACUAGUCAUUCGGUUUGGAUUGGUUCCUCCUUCAGAUUUUUCAAAAAAUAAAUUAUUUAUGUGGUUA